AAGUUUUUAGGCAAAUGCAGUUGUUGCAGCAAAACCUCGGCAUCAAUCAUCAUUAAACCACGCCAAAAGAACAUGAGUAAAAUAGAAGAGUCUUAAUCCGACAGAAACACUGGAUUUGUGAGGGUGACGGACGCAGGCCGCCUCUCACUUUCCUCCUCCGUCUUCUUCAAUUCUUCUCCUUAUUUUAUCUCCGGUCCCAAUUCGGCUUCAUUGCUAAAACCUUCACGCUAUAAUGACUUCCUCUAAAUUUUCCGAUCCAUCCCCUACCCCGUACGACCCCCUCCCCACCUAUCCCCAACCCCCUCAACAACCCCAAUACAUCAUCGUCCUACCUCAUUACUACCGUAGCCCUCGCCAAUUGCUCCGCGUCGCUUGCCGUCGGUACAUUUACUCCGCCGCGGUGCUCAUCCUCCUCGCCGCCGCAGUCUUCUUUCUCUGGCCCUCUGAUCCCGAUGUCUCCAUUGCCCGCCUCCGUCUCCGCCACCUCAAAAUCCACACGUUCCCCAAAAUCGCCCUCGACGUUACCCUAGACGUCACUGUUAGGAUUCGUAAUAAAGACUUCUAUUCAGUCAAUUUUCGCUCCGUAGCGGUUGCUAUAGGGUACAGGGGUAAGCAGCUGGGAUACGUCACCUCCGACUAUGGUAAAAUUAGGGCCAGGGCGUCUUCUUACAUCAAUGCUACGCUGGAGCUCAACGAUAUUAGCAUUUUCUCUGACAUUAUUCCAUUGAUUGAGGACUUGGCGAGAGGUUCUAUUACUUUUGAUACUGUAACUCAGAUUGGUGGUGAGCUUGGUUUAUUCCUCUUUGAUAUUCCCAUAAAGGGGAAAGUGUCGUGUGAAAUUGUUGUGGACACACGCAGCGAAACGAUUUCUCAUCAGAACUGUUACCCUGAGUGACUCGGUUCGUGAUGGAACUGUGAAUAAUUAUGGAAAUGAAAUGAGGGCAGUAACCGACUCUGCUCGAGCUCUCCUUGUAAAUGUUCUUUGGUCAUUCAAUUCAUGUGUUUCAAGGGUUUUAGAUAUCUGAAAUAUUAAGUAAGUUGCACACUGGAUUCCCCAUUAAUGUAAUUAUGAAGCGCUGUCGUGUUUUGUGGGGGAAAACAUUGUUACGUCUGACGUGUUUUUUCUGCAAUAGUAGUAUUUCCCAUUAUUCUAGGAAAA